GAGCGGUGCGGUGCGGUUCAGUUCAGCUCAGCCGGAUCCGGUGGGUGCUAUCCGGGCCCAGGCAGGCACAGUGGGAGCGCCCCCGCGCCCAGCCCGCCGCGCACUUACCGUCCCGUAUGCGCGGUUCGCGGGGCAGCACUGCCGCGGAAGAGCUCUAGGCAAAGCCAAGCCCCCGCCGCCUGCCCCGGGGAGCUGCUGGGGCGGCCAUGGCGGGGGUGGCGGGCACCGAGCUGCCCGCUGCCAACGUCAGCGCCAAUGAAAGCACCGCUGACCCCACAGGGUCUCGGGACUUGUGGACGGUGGGCAUGGGGAUCCUCAUGUCGGUGAUUGUCCUGGCCAUCGUCUUCGGCAACGUGCUGGUGAUCACUGCCAUCGCCCGGUUCCAGCGCCUGCAGACUGUCACGAACUAUUUCAUCACCUCGCUGGCCUGUGCUGACCUGGUGAUGGGGCUGGCUGUGGUGCCCUUUGGUGCCAGCCACAUAAUCAUGGAGACGUGGGUGUUUGGGAACUUUUGGUGCGAAUUCUGGACAUCCUUGGAUGUGCUCUGUGUUACAGCCAGCAUUGAGACUCUCUGUGUCAUUGCGGUGGACAGGUACUUCGCCAUCACCUCUCCUUUCAAGUACCAGAGCUUGCUGACCAAGAGCAAGGCACGUGUGGUCAUCCUUGUGGUGUGGGUGGUCUCAGUCCUCACCUCCUUCUUGCCUAUCCAAAUGCACUGGUACCGGGCAGAUCACAUUGAGGCCAUCCAGUGCUACGAGGAGGACACAUGCUGUGACUUUUUCACCAACCAAGCUUAUGCCAUUGCCUCCUCCAUCAUCUCCUUCUAUGUGCCACUUGUGGUCAUGCUAUUUGUGUAUGCCAGGGUCUUCCAGGUGGCCAAGAAGCAGCUACAGAAGAUAGACAGGAGCGAGGGGAGGUUUCACACCCAGAACAAGGAGCAGGAUCAGAAAGGGGGAGCUGGGCAUCGUCGUUCCUCCAAAUUCUUCUUGAAAGAGCACAAGGCCCUCAAGACCUUGGGCAUCAUCAUGGGCACCUUCACACUGUGCUGGCUGCCCUUUUUUAUUGUCAAUAUUGUGCAUGUCAUCCAGGACGACAUCAUACCCAAGUAUAUGUACAUCCUCUUGAACUGGUUAGGAUUUGUCAACUCUGCCUUCAACCCCUUGAUCUACUGCCGGAGCCCAGACUUCAGGUAUGCCUUCCAGGAGCUCCUGUGCCUCCGCAGGUCUGCCCUGAAGAUGUAUGCCAAUGGCUACUCAAAUAGCAACGGCAAGAGUGACUACAAUGAGGAGGACAACGGCUACCCCCUGGCAACGGAUAAAACCUGUGACUUGCUCUGCGAAGAGGGUUCCUUCCCUCACCCCGAGGGCUUUUUGCACUGCAAAGAGAUCCCUGGAUGUCCAGGAAUGGUUGAGAGCUGAAUGGGCUGACUUCUCUUCCUCACCAUCCUGAGCUCAUGAGGGCUCUGAAGAGAUUGAGUGGGAGCAUAACCUUACUUCUCUGAGCCUGGGGAUGCUGUGGGAAGUGAUUGCCAUGGCAAACGUCUUCAUCCCAACCCAUAGCCCAUUAUGCAUCACCUGAAGGAGAAGCUGAUGAAGGAUAAGCAGAUGACCAGGAAAGGCUGUACUAGCCUUGGAGGACGCAGAUGGAGGACAGACUGGCACUAAGAGAGGCACUUUGAAGGCGUGACUGCAUAAGAAGUAGGCUCUGAAAAGAAGCUACAGAAGCCCUGUGAACUGAAGAAGAUGAAUGUCCAAGUCACCAUGAAAGAUGCAGAAGGGUUUCUCUGGCACAACGUUCUUGGAAAGCACUUUCAAAAGGGAGAGAGUAUCAGGACCAUGUGGACGUCUCCAGUGACUGCUUUGGAAGAAGCAAGGUCACUGCCUUACAGUCAGGUCAGGAGACCAGCAGGAUGUGCCCCAGCUGCCUGGGGCUUCAGAUGAAGCAGGAAUCAGACCAAGACUGAGAGAGGAGGAGUGUGGAAGAUUGCUUUGACUUAUUCUGUGCUUGUUUCUCCUUCUGGUGUCUUCUCUGUCUACCUCUUUUUCUCUCUAGGCCCACGUGUAACUGCAUGUGUGGCCCAGAGCCUCACAAACAAGCAGAAGUAUUAGUAAUGGGCAAAUCCUGCCCAGUGCAUGGCUGUGCUGCCCAGAGCAGUGCUGUUGCUAGAUAGGGCUGACACGGGACAGUGCAGACUUAGCAUGGCCUUGGUUUGCUCCUUAUGGCAACAGCCCUGCAACUGUAAUGCCUGGACUUCAGACAGGAGAAAGGCUUGAACCUGGCAAUCCAUUUACUUGGAAGCAGUCACAUGCUAGCACAGCCAGCCACACUGGGGAGCCAAGUUAUAACACCUGAGCCCCAAAACAUUAGAGAGCAUCCACCCCACUCCUCCAGGUGUGGAAGUGAGCACGUCCCAGGCUGCACACUUGACUCCUGUGUCUUGGACUGUGAAAAAAAUCGUUAAGCAGAGAAAAAGACAGAGAUGAGGGAAAUCACAGGGCCUUGGGCAGAAAACAGCAGGAGAAACUGGCUCAGAACCAUAGGAAAACGUGCACCUCUUAAUUGCCCGUGGUGUCCCAGCGUCAGACUGUCACAGCCAGCUGGGUGGCUGCAGGUCUCUGUUCACCAAGCUGCUCCCAGAGGCCUGGGCAAAACACACUGGUACCGAACUGUGCUGGGAGCCCCAUCUCAGACCUUCUCUCCUGGGCUUCCAGCUGCAAACCUCUUCCUUCAUGUGCAAUCGUAUUUAUUUAUUUAUUUUCUUGCUGCUUGAUGCAAAGCUGCUAACAGAGCACCCUCCCCAAGAAGGAGGAAGCUGGGGAGUGUGUACUGUGUCUGUGAUGGGAAUGGCACAAGGGGCAGACAUGUGCCUUUAGCUGGCCAUGGGCAUGUACCCAGGAUGAGCCUGUGGGGCAGGAGGAAAAGGCUGCAGUUAAACCAGAAAUACUUCCCCUGGGGUGGGUGACUUUUCAACAACUGAGAACAGGCUGGGUGAACCCUUGCUGGGUAGGACAGCUGUGAUCUGCAUCAGCUCUGCAGUGCCCCUCUAGCCGGGUGUGCUCCCUGCAUCUGUGCCUGUGCAGGGGAUGUGCUCUGUAGAGUGCUUGCUCUGGUCCUGUCCCUGCAAUGCUCCCAGCUGUCAUGGAGCAAACUUACUAUGUGUGCAUCCUGCCUUUGAACACUUGCAGGGGGUCAUAUCCCCCACCAGGGCAGGUUCCUACCAGGAUGUUCACAGAGGUUUAGUACUUGGCAGCCUUUUCUGCUCUCUCCAAAAGAAAUAAUCCAUGUACAGAUCAAUUCAAUGCAGCCACUCUGAGACCAGCAGACAUGAGCCUCUCGAAGCAGUGCUGUAACUAUGCUGCAGUGGUUUGUGCUCAGCCUUGGCUUUUCCUACCCAUUUUGCUAAAGAGGUGGCACACCACCAUCACUCACAGCCAAGUAUCUCAUUCUAUGGUAGUCUGUGUGUCUCAGUGCAGAAGGGAACCCUUUCUCUGAGGCAGGAAGGCUGUCUUGUGCCCUGCUGCUCUUCCAUAGCUCCUGCACUCAGGAGGGAGCUUGGGUGCCUGGGCAUCCCUUGGCAGACUCCUGGUUGCUCUAGGCAAGCCUGGUUUCUCCCAUACCCUUUCCUCUGAGGUGCUGCACCAAGACUUUGUCCAAACCUGCAUGGCUGCCAAAUGGAAAUAUUUCCCAGUUGAAAACCUGUUCCUCAGAUGGUUCCUCUGCCUGGCUCUGGUCACUUAUUAUGUACUGGAAACACUGCCCUGGGGAUUAGUUUCAGGUUAGAGGCAUUGGUGGGAUUGUUGUAGUUCUUUUUCUUGCAAAUCUCUUGUGCAAAGAGCAGGUUGCAGCUAAUGAAAUGGGUACAACUUGCUCUGAUAAUUUGCCAGCAUGGCCCAAAAGCAUGACCUGCUGUUGCUGAUUGCUUCCUUGCCAGGUUGUAAGAGUUGGAGGUAGGAGAGAUGUAUUAGAAAUCCAUCUGCCUAUGACCCUUCAGGCUUAUUCCAUGUAUUCCAUUUACCAGUGCAAUACAUGGGUCUAUUUUUAAAUGCUCUGACACCAGGGUUAUGUUGUCCUUUGGGAGAUUGCUCUGUAGUCCAAGCCAGGAGUUGCUAUUAGUAUUCCACCUGCAUUUCCUCCUGAAAACUUCAUUCCAUUAUUCCUAGUGCUGCUCUUCUAUUUACCUGCUGCUCAUUAUGUCCUGGUCAAGCUCUACCACUUGACCUGCACUCUUCUUUCCUCCAAGAACCUCUCCAGCAGUCUGUCCUUCUCACAGUUUAGCACUGAAUGAGCCUGUUUGUUACUUGAGCUGUGCAGAGUUUGUUAGGGAUCCAUACCCACCAGCAGAGCAGUCAGGACCUCUGGCAGUGCCUGGUCUCCCCAGCAGCUGUGGAGCUGCUCUCUCCCUCAUUGUGGAGCACGUGGGGUGCAGGAAAGGGGCAGACACAGAGAUGUGUCCAAAAGUGGACCAGUGUUGGCAGUGAGCACUCCUGGUCUGUAAGGAGCUAAUUCCUUCCUGCGAGGAGGGACAGAAUGCAACAAAGUCUCCUCUGGGCUGGGCGCAGGCUGAGCAAUGAAGGUGGGUGAUGCUCCAGUAUUGCCUCAGCUGCACUGGGGAUCAGUGGGGAGACAGCUGUCCAUGCUGUGGUCUGUCUUGCUUGGAAAUUGUAUCCCUGAGCUGGAAGCACAGCUCUGCACAGGAGCCCCGUGCCCCAUGGCCAGCACUGAGGCUCGUCGGGCUCAGCGCAUGAGGAGCGCUUGCUUGGGAAGCCUUUGUGAGUAGCGCUCGGCUGGAGGCCGUUGUGAUUGUAAGAGCUCUGUUCUUCUCACUGAACAAACUGUUCCACAAAUAAAGAAUGAAAACUC